CGAUGCUUUCGAGUUGUUGGCAGGGAUUUUGCCUACAUUGGCAUGCGUCCCUUGAACAAUCGGGGAUGGGUCGGGUUAAUCGAAACAGAUCAGAAACACGGCUUCCAAAGAAAUGGCUUCAAAAGAAUUUUUUGUGUGGGGCUUUUGCUGCUUUGUCUUAUUUAUUUGUUCAUUUUAUUAGAAAAUGA